UAUCAAAAGUAUCAUGUCAUAUUUCUAAAUAUGAUCUAAAUAAACUAAUAGUGGUGAAUAAAAAAAAUACAAUGGGUAGAACUUUACUUCAACCAGUGACAACUAAAAAAUCAGAAUCUUGUCAAAAUUACAAUUACUAUGUGGGUAGUUCUUGUAUGCAAGGAUGGCGGAUUAAAAUGGAAGAUUGUCAUGUACAUAUCCUCUCUCUUCCAGAUGACCCAGACACAGCUUUUUUUGCAGUAUACGAUGGUCAUGGAGGUACAACGGUUGCUAAAAGUGCUGAAAAGUACCUUCAUGAACUCAUCGUCAAGCGAUGUGAGUAUAAGGCAGGAAAUAUUGUCCUGGGUAUACAAAACGGUUUCUUACAAUUAGAUAAUGAAAUGAAAAUCAAUUAUGUAUUUAAUGAAUUUUUAUCAGGAAGUACUGUUAUCGCACUGCUUAUCAAAGACAAUAUUUUAUAUUGUGCUAAUGCAGGCGAUAGCAGAGCAGUGGCAAGCAUUAACGGAAAGGUAAUUGCACUUAGUCAAGAUCAUAAACCUACAUUAGAAGACGAACGUAAAAGAAUUGAGAAUGCAGGUGGUUGCAUCAAAUUCAACCGUGUUAACGGUAGCCUUGCUUUAUCCCGUGCUCUUGGAGACUUCAAGUUUAAAAAUAACUGGUACUUGCCAGCAAAAGAUCAGAUGGUAACAGCUCUUCCUGAAGUUAAACAAUUUCUUUUAACGGAAGAGUGGGAAUUUGUUGUCUUAGCAUGUGAUGGAAUUUGGGAAGUAAUGACGAACGAGGAAGUAGUCAAUUUUAUAAAGUCUCGCUUAACGUCGUCAACAGUUGUAGAAAAUGAAAUGGAAGGUGUUAUGAAUCCUAAAGAAAUAUGCGAGGAAUUAAUUAAUUGCUGUCUUGCACCAGAUAUCUCAAGGGGUGCUGGAUGCGAUAAUAUGACAGUUAUAUUAGUGUGCUUUCUUCAUGGGAAAUCAUAUGCACAUCUUAUUUCACGCUGUCAAAAAUCUAGUACAAAUUCUUAGUCAUUUAUAGAUUGAUUUAUUGAUAUUUCUUCCUUUUCUUUAUAUUUCUCCCUGUAACAAACGUUAUUUUUUUAAACUAUCGUCACUAUCAUCGUUAUCAUAUGACACAAUUUCUUUAUAUGACAACAUAAGUGUAUAUUAAGGAAGUAUUGAUGUUACGAAAUGGGGAUGAAAAAACGAAAAGGUCGAAUGAUUAAGUAUUACAUUUGUUUUUCUUGUGAAAAACUUAUAGGCUACUAUUGUAGCUAUGCUAAUAGAUCUAAUUAAAUAACUGUGAACUUUACUAAUUGAUUUUAUAAGAAUAUUAUUUUUGAUUUUAUUAAAAUUAAUUGAAUGUCUUGAAAUUAUGCUUUCCGUUUGUAAACAUAUGAAUUUCAUUAUGUACACAAUUAUGGAUUCUUCAGGCCAUAACUUUGGAAAACAGGCAGGCCGUACAAUAGCUCAAUUAUAAGCUUAUAUAUACAAUCUAAAAAAUAGACAAAAAAAAUAUUUUAAUAUAAUUUGAAUAACAAUCACAAUAAAAGACUGUAAGAUUUUUAUAUUUAAAGUCCAUAAAAGUCUUGUAUAGUAGAUAGAAACUGCUGCAUUUGCAAGAGAAUUAAGUCUUCCUGCAAUUAUUUAUUUCUUAAUGUACACUUUUGCGUACAUCGUCGUUCAAAUCAAUUACACCAGCAUAUCCUCCGCGAAAACGAGCUGAUAAAGAAGCAGUAGAAGAAAUCAAUGAAAGAAUCUCCUGUGCCAAAAUAAUCAGCCAAUGAUAUACUGAAUGAACCUUCAAAGCGGUGAAAGUUACUUUUGCGUUCCCACUAUGAACAAGUAAAAAUUAUAAUAGAUAAAAUGUAAUAGAUUACUAUUUUUAAUAUAAUAAACGUUUAUAUUUUUA